UCAGAGCGGCGGAGGGUUUGACGGCCCGGAAAAAGCAAGGACCUCCCUGUCAGAGCCAUGGCUGCCAAACUGUUCGAGGCCGUCGGCAAGUUCGGCCUGGCCUUGGCCGUGGCCGGUGGCGUCGUCAACUCCGCCCUGUACAAUGUGGACGCCGGCCAUCGAGCGGUGAUCUUUGACCGCUUCCGGGGCGUCCAGGAUGUCGUGGUGGGGGAGGGGACGCAUUUCCUCAUCCCCUGGGUCCAGAAGCCGAUCGUCUUCGACUGCCGCUCCCGCCCGCGGAACGUCCCCGUCAUCACCGGGAGCAAAGACCUGCAGAACGUGAAUAUCACGCUGAGGAUCCUUUUCCGCCCCGUGGCCAACCAGCUGCCCCGCAUCUUCACCAGCAUCGGCGAAGACUACGAUGAGCGCGUCCUGCCGUCCAUCACCACCGAGAUCCUCAAGUCCGUGGUGGCACGCUUUGAUGCCGGGGAGCUCAUUACCCAGAGGGAGCUGGUGUCCAGGCAAGUGAGCGAUGACCUCACGGAGCGAGCGGCCACCUUCGGGCUCAUCCUGGAUGACGUCUCCCUGACCCAUCUGACCUUCGGGAAGGAGUUCACAGAGGCUGUGGAAGCCAAGCAGGUGGCCCAGCAGGAAGCCGAGCGGGCCAGAUUCGUCGUGGAGAAGGCCGAGCAGCAGAAGAAGGCGGCCAUCAUCUCCGCCGAGGGGGACUCGAAAGCGGCCGAGCUGAUCGCCAACUCCCUGGCCACGGCCGGCGACGGGCUGAUCGAGCUGCGGAAGCUGGAGGCGGCGGAAGACAUCGCCUACCAGCUGUCGCGCUCCCGAAACAUCACCUACCUGCCGGCCGGCCAGUCGGUGCUCCUACAGCUGCCCCAGUGACCCCCUGCGGCCGCCCCGGUGACCCCGCCGGGCCCGACCGGUUCUCUCCAGCCCCUCAGCUCUGACGCCACGGCUGCCCCGGGGAGGCCGCCAGCCCGACCGCGGCCCUCCUCUCCUCCCGCUCCCCGGCCCCGGUGAGACCACCGGCCCGAUCUGGGCAGGACUACCCCCAACAUAUCUUCCUCCUCCUCCUCCACCGCCUCCACCUAGAAAUCACUGUGAAACGUCGAUUCGGCAGAAGGAAAAUGGAAAAUAAAGAAGAAUCAGUGUUGGAUCCUUAA